GGCGCAGGUGUACAAUAGGGGGGCAACGCGGCGAAGUCUCGCGCCUAGGUGUGAGCAGAUUAUUCAAAUAGGGCCGAGUGAAGAAGGGAUUGGAGGCUCGCCCGGCGCACACGGCUAUAUCACAGCGCUAACACGCAGCAGCAGGCGUCAUUUGAACUCCAGUCUUCAGCAGUCUGCUCUCUGCGUCCGUCAGCGCGCCUGCAGCUGACUCACACACACACUCACACACUCACACAUACACACACCUACACACACAUACGCACAAGCGCGCACACAAGCACACAUGCGCCAGCCCUUGACAGGAGAGCGCGACUAGAACACGAGGAUCCUUGUGGUUCCCAAAAAGCCACCGGCGAGGACGCGCUUGUCUGGGGAAGCCCUCUAAAAACUGAACGCAAACUUCAGGAUGCUCGGGGCUGUCAAAAUGGAAGGACACGAACACGCUGACUGGAGCACCUACUAUGGAGAGCCGGAGUGUUACACCUCGGUCGGCAACAUGAACACCGGACUGGGAAUGAACUCUAUGAACACGUACAUGAGCAUGUCUGGAAUGAGCACAGCCGCGAACAUUACAGCCAACACCAUGAACAUGUCGUAUGUGAACACGGGCAUGAGCCCCUCCAUGACUGGCAUGUCGCCGGGCGCAGGUGCCAUGGCGGGGAUGGGCCCGGGCAUGACGGGUAUGAGCGCAGCACUCAGCCCGAGCAUGAGCCCAAUGACGGCUCAAGCGCCUUCCAUGAACGCCCUGACAUCCUAUACGAACAUGAACGCCAUGAGCCCCAUGUAUAGCCAGUCAAAUAUCAACCGGUCCCGCGACCCCAAAACGUACCGCAGGAGCUACACGCACGCCAAGCCGCCGUACUCAUAUAUCUCCCUGAUUACCAUGGCCAUCCAGCAGUCUCCGAGCAAGAUGCUCACCCUAAGCGAGAUCUACCAGUGGAUCAUGGAUCUGUUCCCCUUUUACAGACAGAACCAGCAGCGCUGGCAGAACUCCAUCCGCCACUCGCUCUCCUUCAACGACUGCUUCGUCAAAGUGCCUCGCUCGCCCGAUAAGCCGGGCAAGGGCUCGUUCUGGACCCUGCACCCCGACUCGGGCAACAUGUUUGAGAACGGCUGCUACCUGCGGCGCCAGAAGCGCUUCAAGUGCGAGAAGUCUGCGGGCAAGGAAUCCGGCCGGAAGUCUUCCGAACCUGGUUCACACAGCAGCUCCGAAAGCUGCAACGGCAACGAGUCUCCGCACUCGAACUCCUCCGUCAGCGAGCACAAAAGGUCGCUUUCCGACCUGAAGUCGAACCCGGGGAUGAGUCCAGAGCACAGCGCCACCUCGCCCGUUUCCCAGCACCACCACCAACAGCAGCAGCAACAGCAGCAGCAGCAUCUAAUGGCGCAGCACCACGCGGUUCUCGCGCACGACGCGCACUUGAAGCCGGAUCAUCACUACGCUUUCAACCACCCGUUCUCCAUCAACAACCUCAUGUCGUCCGAGCAGCAGCAUCACCACAAAAUGGACCUGAAAACGUACGAGCAGGUGAUGCACUACGGCUACAGCUCGCCGAUGGCCGGCGCGCUCUCCAUGGGCUCCAUGGCGGCCAAAGCGGGCUUCGACUCGUCGCCGUUAGGAGCGGACACGUCCUAUUACCAAGGCGUGUACUCCAGACCCAUCAUGAACUCAUCCUAGUCUGCUGGAACUUUUCACAUGUUUGUAUAUUUGUAAAAAGUACUCUUUGUGCAUACGUAUUCUGGACUUUUUUGACGUUUCACAUUAAUUUAGUGGUCACGUUUAUUAGUAAUUAUUUUGUAAAAAAAAAAAAAAAUGUGAAGAAACGAAUGUGACGAACUGUGAACUCUGCUCGGCGGCUUGCAAGAUGGACCAAAAAUACAGCUGAUGUGAACCUGGGAAUCUCAACCAAAUGAAACGGAGGAACUGUUCUUCAUUCAUUUGUGAAAACAUUAUUUAUGGCUUGUAAAUGUGUAUUCUUGUAGACAAUGAUGAGAACAGAAUCUAUAUUAAAGUGUUAUUUGAAUUUUCAA